GGAGCCUUCGAUUUCCCCUGCUACAGUAGGGUCGUCGCCUCCUGAUGCCCUCGGGGCCUCUCUCUCUCUCUCUCGUCGUUGCGUCCUCCUUCCCUCCGGGUCUCUCUCUAUAUAUUAUUGGGUCUCGUUUUCUCUCUCCCGUCAUCUCUUUCUCUCUGUCCCUCUCCGAUCUCCAUCUCAGCUCUGCCUCUUCCAAUCCUCCUUCCCUGGCGAAUUGGAGUCAACGAUUUGUCCCUGAUUCAAAAUAUUUAGCAUUGCUUUGGUUGCUUUUUGGCUGCGAUUUAGUUUGUGUGAGGCAUGGCGCUCCGACAGCUCCUUCGAAGGAGCUCCUUCAAUCAGAUGUCAAGCAGGCUUUUCCCUUCCCCUUUCGGGAACCUUUGUACUGAUGCUUCUCCCACCCAACCAAUCAGAGCUACCCUCUUUCCUGGUGAUGGAAUCGGGCCUGAGAUUGCUGAGUCUGUAAAACAGGUCUUCAAUGCAGCAGAAGUGUCCAUAGAAUGGGAGGAGCACUUUGUGGGUGACCGGGUGGACCCCAGAACAGAGAGCUUUCUUACAUGGGAGAGUUUGGAGUCGGUUCGGCGAAAUGGAGUGGGCUUGAAGGGUCCUAUGGCUACUCCGAUUGGAAAGGGCCACAGGUCCUUAAACCUUACUCUAAGGAAAGAACUUGGUCUCUAUGCCAAUGUUAGACCUUGCUACAGUCUCCCUGGCUACAAAACUAGGUAUGACGAUGUGAAUCUCGUCACGAUCCGUGAAAAUACAGAAGGAGAGUAUAGUGGUCUUGAGCAUCAAGUAGUGAGAGGGGUUGUAGAAAGCUUGAAAAUCAUUACUCGCCAGGCAAGUUUGCGGGUUGCAGAAUAUGCUUUCCAUUAUGCCAAGACUAAUGGCCGCAAAAGGGUUUCAGCUAUACACAAAGCCAACAUCAUGAGGAAGACCGAUGGCCUCUUUCUUAAGUGUUGUCGUGAAGUGGCGGAGAAAUUUCCAGAAAUAGUUUAUGAAGAAGUCAUCAUCGACAACUGUUGUAUGAUGCUUGUCAAAAACCCGAGUCUCUUCGAUGUUUUAGUGAUGCCAAAUCUCUACGGGGACAUCAUCAGUGAUCUCUGUGCUGGGUUGAUUGGUGGUUUGGGAUUAACUCCCAGCUGCAACAUCGGUGAAGGCGGCAUUGCUCUUGCGGAGGCUGUACAUGGUUCAGCACCAGACAUCGCUGGCAAGAAUCUCGCAAACCCUACUGCUCUCCUUCUUAGUGCUGUAAUGAUGCUACGCCACCUUCAGCUCAACGAUAAAGCUGACAAAAUCCACAAUGCGGUGCUCAAAACAAUUGCAGAAGGGAAGUAUCGGACUGCCGAUCUCGGUGGGAACUCAUCAACAACAGAUUUCACCAAAGCAAUUUGCGAUAAUCUCUAAGAACUUCAUAUGCUUUUUUUUCUUUCAAUUUUUCCCAACUUUAAUCAAGUUAUUGGCCUCUCCCUAUUUAUUAUUUUGACUUUUAUAGUGUUUGUGAGCUCAAAGCAAAUAAUGAUCUCACAUCCCAACUUUAGUUUUUAUAAUUUCUGUUUUUCUGUUAAUGUAAUAAUAUGAAAUUGGACAGCCUUCUGAUUGAUUAUGGAUCUUUUACCAUUUAUUCUAAUCAACAUAGAUGUUUGAUGACCA